AUGAUCUGGGAUCGUGCUGGAACAGAGAACCCCAUCUGUCUCUUGAUGGAUAUCGACACCCUGGACCCUUUGCGAACCACCAUUCGCGGUAUUGGUGCGCUGAACUUUAUCGGUGCCGAUAUCGUCGAGGUUGCACCGGCUUACGAUACUCAUGCUGAGCUUUCAGCCAUGCACAUGGAUCUUAAUUUACUUCAGUCUAUAACAGAGUUAGAGGUGUUUAUUAACUGUUGA